AUGAACAUUUUCAAAUCUCUUGGAAGAAGCUCAUCCUUCCGAAGUAACAAUGCCGAGAGUUGGCAAAAGAGAGAUGUUGAAUUAUUCUUUGAAAGAAUUGGGCUAGGGCCUCUCACGGACUCGGUCUUUGGAAAGAAUAAUCCUCUUCUCUCAACCAUCGACUCGGGAGAAAAAUUACUCUCUUCUUUUCAGACCAUACGAAGCAAUGCUGAUGCCAUGUUAGAGGCAAGAAAUUCAUGUGCUUCACUCUAUGAUCCAUAUUCUAUUUAUGAUACUGGCAGUUCAAACUCGGAAAACUCUCAAAUGGAUCCGAAGACGACUGAACUUCAAGGCUUGAUUGGUCUCUUUUUACAACCAUCAUCAAGUAGUGGUGGUCGUUCGGGUUCUGUCAUUUCAUCAUCAGUGCCGCCUCAACAAAAUUCUAGCAACUUGAGAGGAACAGGCAAAUUUGAUAAUUUACCAAUACAUUCGAUAGUGAAACAACGUUUGCAAAAUUUGGAUCAAUUAUUAAAAUUAAAAAAGAGCUAUGAAAUGGACAGGAAGCAAGAUCCUAACAAUGAUGAUGCCUCUUCCUCACCGAGUCAAGAAAUGGGAAAAAAGUUUGAUCCCGAAGAUGAAAAUGACUUUUUCAUGUUUCAACAAAAUUUCAUCAUGGAUCACUUGAUUGCCUCUCAAUUUUUCCGAUUGGAACCAAAGAAUGGAACAUCAAAAACAAAUGCUUCACUUUAUAGGAUUAAUGUCAAUGCCAUGAGCGAGUCGAUAUCGUUUAAUGAAAAUCUCACUUUCAAUGAUCUCAGAAAACUUUACAUACAAUUGAAUAAUUUAUAUGAAAAUGCUAAUCAUUUCAAUGAGUCUUUUAUAGAAUUUGAAAAGAAUAAGGGAAGCAAACCUCUCUUUUACACAUCAUCCGAGAAAGGAGGCAUGUUUGAAUCCACCGCUAGCUUUGAGUCUGUCGAGUUUGGAUUUAUUGGAAAUGAUGUCGAUUGUCGAUUACUCACAACCAAGCAAGUCAUUGAAUUCCUUCGAUACAAGAAAAUUGAUCAUAAUUGUUUGAAAAAAGUCAUUGAGGAUAAUUAUAUCGACGGCCAAAUUUUUUCCACGUUACGCCAUCCUUUGGAAUGGAUGGUUCUACUCUUUCCUUCACGAAAUGAGAUUGCAGAAAAAGGGACGAGAAAAAAUAGCCCAAAGCCUCAUCCAUAUCAAGCCUUGUAUAGUUUAGCAUUGGCUAUUAGCAACAUUAUUCGAGUGAUUUGCUCAAACAAGUAUUUAUUGGGGGGAGAACUGAAAGAAUUGAAAGAUUUUCAUUUGUAA